UGACAACCAAAUUCUCACAAUAACUAACACACUCAAAAAUAAUUCUCCGUCGUAGAAUAUGGAAUGACAAAUUUACACAAUGCAACACGACAAUGAAACUGACAUGCCACAAGAAGAUACAGACAGGAGGUUUAAUCCUAAUGAAGAAGAUAUUGAUUCAGACCCAUCAGCCGACAUAUGUCGCAUCUGUUAUUGUGGUGGCGGAGAUGAAGAACUGAUGAGGCCAUGCAAGUGUUCGGGCUCUCUCGCCUUCGUCCACCCGAGUUGCCUGGACUCUUGGAUUGAAAACAGCGGUUCUCCCAAAUGCGAAAUAUGCAAUGCGAACUAUCCUCUCACCGUUAAUUACAAGUGGUGGUACAUAUGGAACGAUAUCUGGGUAAAAUUCAUCGUCCGACAGGAGCCCCUUUUCGUUUUCUUAUCCGCAAUGGUGAACAUAAUGUCAUCUGUGAUGUUCCGCCCGGUUUUCCUUGUUAACCAACUUCAACAGGUAUGGGAGGACUUUUUGAUGUUGGUUUUGCUGAUGUCAUUCAUCGUAAUUUGCGCUGCGAGUGGAGUACUGUUCCGAAAUAUGCUUAGGUAUGCUGUUUGGCGUUGGCAACUUUAUUAUCACCAACGAUUAGCUGAAGAAAGAAGGGCAGUAGCAAACGAUGACAUACAGUGCGUCAGAUGUACAGCAACUUCAGUAAUAACUAUUAAAUUUCGCGCUUAACAAGCCUUCAAAAAAGGACAUAAAAAGCCAAUAAAGUGUUUUAAACCUUA